AGCAAUGUAUGAUCUUGCAGCUUUGCCUCAGGCAGUAGUGACCCUGGAUGAAGGAUGGAUGGGGGUCUUCAUCACUAAAGGCACUCUAGCAAUGAGGUGUGAGCUUCAGGGCUUUACUUCUGCUGACUGGAACUACACGUGGUACAGAGACGGAACACAGAUCUCACUAAACCACACUGAGGAGAGGCACACAGUGGGAUUCUGGGAUAGCUCCUCUGAUGGAGAAUAUAGAUGUAGUGGGAACAGGACAGACAGACCGUACUACUCCCUCAUCAGUGAAGGCUUCAUGACAAGCAAUAUCAAAGGGCUGUACUUUAUUGUGGCUCUUACUGGUUCUGUCAUCAUUUUCAUAACCCUGGUGGUGCUGGCAGUCCAAUGCUCUAAGAAAUGCAGGACAUCAGGCCGAAUUAAAAGUCAGCCGGAUGGGGGCGAGUUUUACUCCAGGGUAAAUGCAGACUACAUCAGCGCAGAUCAUGGAUUACCAGCCAAUGCUGUGUAUGAGGAAAUAGGCCCUGCAACAGAAACAGAAGGUUAUGAAGUAGUUGGGAAGCACAGUUUCUAUUCAGCCGUUCAGUUAAAACCAUUAAACCAAGAUCCUACUGCAUAAUUGGACACAGGGAUCCAUAUUCACUCAGUCUUACCUUCAUAUGUGAGGGAAUAUAUUCUUGCUAUAGGUAUAUGCCACUAUAUCCUACUAUAUGUUUUCAUAUCAUAUGUAUUUUAAGGUCACUAUGUUGCACAUUGAAUAAUGAUAUGCAG